AUGCCACCCAAGAAGCUGAACCAGCAGACUCCCUCUGUCCCCGAAGAUGAGCUCAAGAACAUUGCCGCCAAAUCAGACAGUCCCGAAGACAAAUUAAAACAAGCGGCCGCGAGCGCCGAAUCCGCCCUUGCAUCCGCCAAAACUGCAUCUUCUCUGCGCGCCGCCGCCGAAACCAUCAAGGAUCCUGCCAAGCGGGAAAAGUACCUGCGAGAUGCGUACGAGAAGGAGAUUGAGGCCCAUGGAAAUAGCAAGAAGGCGCGGAUGCUGAGCUCGGGUGCGUUCCAAGGCAGUGUGGGGGGUGGGGGGAUUGGUAUGGCUGUUGGAGCCGGACUAGGCACCGUCGUAGGGACGCUUGUGGGGACUGUCGCUACGAUACCUACGACGGCAGUGGGCACGCUUGUAGGAGCUGGUGUGGGCGGUGUACAUGGGCCGUGGAUAAAACUUGGGGGUAAGAAAGGGGAAGAAAAGAAUGGUGAUGGUAGUGAUGCCAAGAAAGCGGAAGGGGAGGAUGGAGAUGAGUCUGCAAGUGAAAAGAAAGUAGAUGAAGAGAUGGAGGAGCACAUUGGAGGGGAGGAAGAUGGCAUACCAGAUCCUGAGGCGCUGAGACGGGCUGCGGACGAGAUUUCGAGGCAACGGAAGGAGAAGGAGGGUGGGGAGGGGGGAGAUGCUGGGGUGAGGGAGAAGAAGAAACCGAGGAAGUUGGAGGUGAGGAGUAAAGCUGCUGCGUAG